GCUGCCACUCCGUGCUCGGUUUGGCCAGAAGGCGGAGCUGAGUCCGAUAAAUUCCGCUUUGAAACCAACGGUGAGCUCAGUUGUAGCGCUCAGGUUUGCGGGAGAAAACGCUUCUUGAUUUUUUUACAUCACAUUACGUCCGAAUCUUCUCUUCUCGGUUGGGCUUUGGGUAGAAACGGACCGAUAUAAGGUUACAGUGUCACCUGGGCGAUAGGUUGAAAAAGGAAAACGUCACACGAAAGGUGCUGCAGGGAUCAAAAUGAAGCACAUCUCGUUACUUUGCCUAUAUGCACUGGUGACCCUGUGUGCCCAUAAGGGUGUGCUGUCUGCAGCUCCCUCGUAUGGUGAACGGGGCUCUGAUCUGGGCAUACAGGUGUUUCAGCAAGUGGUCCGCUCUAAGCCUUUAGAAAACGUGGUGCUUUCACCCCAUGGAGUGGCUUCAAUCCUCGGCAUGCUGCUGCCUGGAGCCCAUGGGGAAACCAAGAAGCAAAUCAUUAGUGGUCUGCGUUACAAGAAAAACGGUCCUUAUAAGAUGUUGAGGAAGCUGCACAAAAACUUGACUUCCAAGUCAAACCAGGACCUUGUGCUGAUUGCCAACGCCAUGUUCAGCCAGAAGGGUUUCCCGAUGGAGGAGACCUUUGUUGCCACCAAUAAAGCAAACUUCCUGUGUGAGAGCAGGAGCCUGGACUUCAGAAACCCCACUGCAGCAUCUGACUACAUCAAUGAGUGGGUCAGCAAUAAGACCAAAGGUCACAUCCCCACCUUGAUCAAAGCAGACAUGCUGGAUUCAGCUCUGACCCGUCUGGUCACUCUUAACUCGAUCUACUUUAAAGGCUCAUGGAAGUCCUGUUUCCCGCCCAACAACACCAAGAUGAGGUCCUUCACGGAUGGUGACGGCACGGUUUACAAAGUUCCAAUGAUGUCCCAGCUGUCCAUCUUUAACCUAGGCGUGGCCACCACACCUCAGGGGCUGAAAUACAGGGUGAUUGAGCUGCCCUACCAUGGCAACACCAUCAGCAUGUUGAUUGUUGUCCCCUCUGAUGAGGACACAUCACUGUCCAGUGUCAUUCCACACAUCAGCACAGCCACCGUGCAGAGCUGGGCCAAGCUCAUGCACAUGAGAAAAGUCCGCCUGUUCAUCCCAAAGUUCUCUGCAGAUGCAGAGGUAGACUUGAAAGCUCCGCUCUCUGCGCUGGGAAUAGCAGACAUGUUCAGGCAGGGUGCUGCAGACUUCUCACACCUGAGUACCGAGCCAGUGUUUGUAUCCAAGGCUCUGCAGAAAUCCAAAAUCAUUGUGAAUGAAGACGGAACGAAAGCAGCAGCUGCCACCACUGCUAUUCUGAUGGCUCGGUCAUCUCCACCUUGGAUCACGGUGGACAGACCUUUUCUGUUCCUCGUCAGACAUAACCCUACAGGGACGGUUCUGUUUAUGGGCCAGAUCAACCAACCAUGAGGCCUGCUUUCACAGAGCAGAGGGACCUGGGAGCUCAUUUAGGAGAACCAGAAAUGCUUACACACUGCCUUGCAUGAACACACAAGCACACAGACGUACUGUGACUUAUGAACAGUGUGGACAUACGAUGUUAUUUGUUUUAAAUGUUGCUUUUUAUGUUGAUCAUUUUCUGCAACACAUAACAUGCUUUCCAACAUGUUUUGCAGACUAAGUUUUCCUGCUGUUUUAAUUUUUUGGUGGACUUUUUUGACUUUAUCACUUUUUUUAAAGACAUUAAAUGUCAUGUGUAAUUUUGUAACUCUGGAGUAUGAUGAUCAGUUUAUUUAUCAUGUCUCUAUUUCCAUUUGAACGUUUCUAUCUCAAGUCAUUUAACUCCAGCCUGUUUCCCCUCUUAAGUUAUGGUGGUGUCAUCACAACUUAAAGCCUGCAUUUUUGCCUACUUUAAAAGUUGUUUUCUCAUUUACUGAGAAAGUCUUCUGUUGCUUCACAUGUGGAAACAAAAUUAAAAUACAUACAUUUCUAACAUCA